AUGGGGGCAACCCCUUUUCACCCCUCAAUCCUCAAGGUCCGGCUCCCGAGAAACUUCGACAAGCCAACAGACAUGAGAUAUGAUGGGACCAAGGACCCCCAGGAACAUGUCACGGCUUUUGAAGCAAGAAUGAAUCUGGAAGGAGUAGGCGACGCAGUCAGGUGCCGGGCGUUUCCCGUAACACUGGCCGGCCCAGCAAUCUGGUGGUUCAACACUCUCCCCCAAGGAUCCAUCAUGACUUUCGCAGACAUCUCCCAGAAGUUUCUAGCACGGUUCACGACGCGCAUAGCGAAGGCAAAGCACCCGAUUAACCUGUUAGGGGUCACCCAGAAACCCGGGGAGCCGACCAGGAAGUUCCUGGAUAGAUUUAACGACGAGUGCCUAGAAAUCGACGGCCUCACGGACUCGGUUGCUAGCCUAUGCCUAAUAAACGGCCUAUUGAAUGAAGACUUUAGGAAACACUUAACAACCAGGCCUGUAUGGACCAUGCAGGAAAUCCAAAGCAUAGCCAAAGAGUACAUUAAUGACGAAGAGGUCAACCAGGUUGUGGCAGCCACCCAACCCGCCACCCCGGCAUGCGCACCAGGCUGA